AUGGAUCCCUUGUUAAUUGUAACUGUAGCUGUGGUGCUGCUGCUUGUGUCCUGCGGUGCAUUUGGUGCUGGGUGCUUGUGGAAGCGCCACCAAGAGAAGAAAAAUGUGGACGGAGCCAAUCCAGAUUUGGAACUCCAACCUGCAGCUGGACACGGCCAAGUAGCUCUGCCAAGACAGCCACAAUCUCCAACCAAGCCUAGUCUGUUGGCUUUGAUUCCAACCUCCUCUGUCAGAAAAGUGCUGCCUCCAUCGGUGCAAUGUUCAGGCCAGAUCUCAGCCCAAUGGCCUCGCAGAAAAGUCGCAUUUUUCACGGUUGAGUCCGGGUCCUUCAAAGCCUUUGGACAUCGGUAUUCGAUUGAGCACCCAGAUGAGCCACAGCUGACCAAGUUCCAUUGGGCAGAUGGAACUUUGCAGACCUUGGGCCGCGUGGAUCGGAACACCAUCGAGUGGCAGACAAAUCAUUCGAAUCCUGAGUGGCAACGCUUCCUUUGGGUGUGUACUCCUGAGUGCACGCAUGGUUCUACAUCACAUGCGACGGAAUUCUCUGCAUCCAGCUACAAGUGCUCUAUUUGCAGGUCAUCUGGGAACGAAAAACACUGGCAGUGCGUCGAGCACAAUGUCCAUUUUUGCUGCAAUUGUGCAGUGCCGCCUCUGAAGCCGCCUACUCUUGGGGUUUCCGUCAGAUAUGUUGUGGAUGUUUUUCCACCUCUCGCCCGAAGUGCUACUGGCGCACAGAACCCCGAUUUCUAUGCGAUGUGCCCACGCUUGGCCUUGGGAGAGCACGGUUUGGGUUUCAGGAAGACUUGUCCGAGAGAUGGUCGACCCAAUUGCAGCCUGCUGGAUGCCCUGGAAGACCAGUACAGUGGCAAGGUGACCCACUUCGUCUCCUGGUGCUGGGGCUACACACUCCAAGACUUUGUGAGCGCAGUCAGUGCCUGGCUACGGAGGUCUCAACUGACUCCUGACGAUGUCUUCCUUUGGGUUUGCUUCUUUUGCAACAACCAGUAUAGGAUCAUGGACGAGGGCACCAAGACUGGAAGUGAUGAGUUGAAAGCUGUCUUCGAAACGCAUUUGGCUGAAGCUGGACAAAUGUUGGUCCUGCUGGACAAGGCUUGGUUAUGUCUCUUUUUCUUGGACAGGGUCAUAGCAUCGGUAUACCAAGAAGGUCAUCAAUCAGUGGACCAUGAUGAUUGA